AUGCUCGCCAGCGUUCUAGGGCGCCACGGCGUGCCGAGCCAGGACCCCUGGCUCCACAGCGACCCCUGGAGCGCGGCCGGGAAUGUCUUGGCAGGCUCCGAGGAGCUGCCGGGCCUGGAGCAGUGGCUCAGCCGCUUGCGCCUGGAGGCCCAUGGGGAUGCCAUCCGGAGCUGGGCGGCCGAGAUGGGCGCGGUGUCGCUGGAGGAGUGUGCCGCAGGAGCUGGCGGAGCAUUGGGCGGAGCUGUCGGCAGACUUGGGCCUGCGGCCCCUGGAGAGGCGGAGGUUGGAGCGCAAUGGCCUGGCCGAAGCUGCGCAGGUGGAGCAGGCCGGCCUGGCGGACCGAGCGGAAGGCGCCCGGAAGAUCACCGCCAAGGCGAAGGUGCCAGACAGGCAGGCCAGGGUGGCAGCUAG